AUGGUGGCUUCACAUCAGUUAAAUUCCAUUGUACAUGCUGCCACUGGUGGCUCUCCCCACCGCGACAAUCACGGUACUACCUCUUCACAUCCUAACGGCCCAGGCGGACCUUCUCUCAAUGGCGCGCCUCGCCCCUUUUCUCGUCAGUGUGAUACGGACGUCGUGUGUGUGGGAACUUGGGUCAGCAAUACCGGAUCCCAACACACUGACUCCUUCCCGGACAAUGGUACUUCACCGUCUCCAAAUUUUUACGCGCUGAUGCAAGGCGGACUGCUUGCCUACGCCAUCGCAGUUUGCAUGAAGCCUGUCUCGAGUCUACGACACGUGCUCGAGUGGUUGAGCUUGUGGCGGGGCUUAAUACAGAUGUUCUAG